UCCCUACGCGCCACACUUUUCUCCCUCCUCCCCAUGACUACAGCAAACUGCAGCGCCACCGACGAGUUCGACUUCAGGCUGAUUCUCGGGGAAGACGGCCAGCCGGGUCCCGGGCCGCCGCUGCGGCCUGCAGAUCUUGAGUCAGAUGACUGUGCAUCCAUAGACAUCUUUAAUGUAGACCAACCAUCAUCCCCUGUAAAUCAGCCAAUUUGUAUUCCUUGCCAUGGAUUGCAGUCUCACUUCUCUCCUCUUUCACCACCACCAAGACUUCAGAGUCAUAAGAACUAUGAAGCAACUUGUGAGGUACCAGAAUCCAAAUAUAAUCCGCUAGGCGGACCCAAACCCUUUGAGUGCCCUAGUAUUCAAAUUACAUCUAUUUCACCUAACUGUCAUCAAGGGAUUGAAGCCAAUGAAGAUGAAUUGCACACAAAUAACACAGAAAAUAAGUAUAUGGAAAGGCCUUCACGGGACCAUCUCUAUCUUCCUCUUGAACCAUCAUAUAGGGAAUCAUCCCUUAGUCCAAGUCCUGCCAGCAGCAUUUCAUCCAGAAGUUGGUUUUCAGAUGCUUCCUCUUGUGAAUCCAUUUCCCACGUUUAUGAUGAUGUAGACUCAGAGCUAAAUGAAGCAGCCACUCAAAUUACCCUGGGCUCUCCUUUGGCAUCCCCUCGUGGUUCUCCAAGAGGCACCAGUGAUGAAUCUUGGCAGCAGCCAUAUGGAUUUGCGCAUGCCUUGUCACCUAGGCAGUCUCCCUGUCAUUCUCCUAGAACUAGUAUUACAGAUGAAAAUUGGCUAAGUCCUAGACCAACAUCAAGGCCCUCAUCAAGACCUACAUCCCCCUGUGGGAAGCGACGACACUCCAGUGCUGAGAUUUACUAUGCUGGUUCUUUCUCUCCUCACCAUUCUCCAACUCCAUCACCCAGCCAUUCUCCCAGAGGAAGCAUAACAGAAGACACCGGGCUAAACACUUCCAUCCCUAACAUACAAGGCCUUAAUUCUGGCCUUUCACCAUUUCAGUGUUGUACAGAAACUGAUAUUCCUCUAAAAACAAGAAAGACCUCAGAGGAUCAGACUGUCACUUUAUCUGGAAAAAUAGACAUUUGUUCUGAAGAACAGGGUAACUUACCAUCAUUCCUUGAAACUGCAGUAGAUGACUGCUCUGGAUCUCAGCACACCUUGAAAAAAGAUUUUCCUGGAGAGCAAUUUCUUUCUGUUCCUUCACACUUUACUUGGAGCAAACCAAAGUCUGGUCAUACUCCUCUAUUUCGCGCAUCUUCGUUGCCACCUCUUGAUUGGCCUUUACCAAGUCAUUACGGGCAGUGUGAACUGAAAAUAGAAGUCCAGCCUAAAACUCAUCACAGAGCUCACUAUGAAACAGAAGGAAGCAGAGGAGCAGUAAAAGCGUCUACUGGAGGAUACCCUGUAGUGAAGCUCCUGGGCUACAGCAAAAAGCCAGUAAACCUACAGAUGUUCAUUGGCACAGCAGAUGAUCGGUACUUAAGACCUCAUGCAUUUUACCAGGUGCACCGAAUCACUGGAAAAACAGUUGUAACAGCUAGUCAAGAGAUAAUAAUUGCCAGCACAAAAGUUCUGGAAAUACCACUUCUUCCUGAAAAUGAUAUGUCAUCCAGUAUCGAUUGUGCUGGUAUUUUGAAACUUCGCAAUUCAGAUAUAGAGCUCCGUAAAGGAGAGACAGAUAUUGGAAGAAAGAAUACCAGAGUGCGGCUUGUGUUUCGUGUUCACAUCCCACAACCUAGUGGAAAAGUCUUAUCCCUGCAGACUGCUUCCAUACCUGUUGAAUGCUCUCAGCGAUCUGCUCAAGAACUCCCUCAGAUUGAGAAGUACAGCAUCAACAGUUGCUCAGUAAACGGAGGCCACAAAAUGGUGGUGACAGGAUCCAAUUUUCUUCCAGAAUCCAAAAUUAUAUUUUGUGAAAAAGGGCAAGAUGGACGACCUCAAUGGGAGGUAGAAGGGAAAAUAAUUAGGGAAAAGUGUCAAGGGGCAAACAUCAUACUUGAAGUUCCUCCAUACCAUAACAAAGCCAUUACAGCCGCAGUUCAGGUGCAGUUUUAUCUCUGCAAUGGCAAGAGGAAAAAAAGCCAGUCUCAACGUUUUACUUACACACCAGUUAUAAUGAAGCAAGAGCACAGGGAUGAGGUGGAUUUAUCUGCCAUUCCGUCUUUGGCCCUGCAUCACACAAGCAAUGUCCAGGGCCUGCAUUCUAUCCAAACUCAAUUGCCUUCAUCAGAGCAAGGGCAUUCUCACAACAAUUUACUGUCUACAUCACCCAGGAGCCUCUUGUGUCCCGUUCAACCACCAUACACAGCCAUGGUGACCUCAGCAGUAUCCCACCUGCCACAUAUGCAAGGCAGAAACCUUAGUCCAAGUGAAGAGUGUCAUGUUUUGCCUCCUGCUGUGGUUCAGUCUUUUCAGAUGGGGCAGGUAUUGAUAUUAAACCAGAACCUGAAGAUCAAGAACUAAAUUUUCAAACAAUAGGACUACAAGACAUCACACUAGAUGAUGACAGUUUUAUCUCUGACCUGGAAUACCAGCCAUCAGGUUCAACAGAGAAAUGGACUCAACAUUCAGCACUCAUGUCUAACUC